AGGACGAGAGCCCUUCCAGGUGGGCAUUGGCGAGGGGCGCGCGGUGCCGCCCACUGCCCCCCGCUGCCCGCCCGGUCCUUGCCGCCCUCGGGGCUUCGUUCCGCCUCGGCCGAGCAGAACCGCGCUCGGAUCGGUCCCCCCCGUGCUGCGGUGUAGAAAGCCAAGCCGAGUGCAGGUGUUGCGGGAGCAACGAACUGAGUGUCCUCGUAAAUCGUCAGAUCCAGCCGUGACGUCUAACUUGUGCUUUUGGUAUCCUUGCUUGGACUCGGCUGGAAAGUGGCUAACCACAGGAACAUCAAAAUGCCUAAUCUUGAACAUCCAGCGUACCCAGCGGCUACACUGCUUCAGCUGGAAAGUUUGGUGCCUUGUCGAGAAUCCCAGGUGUCCAUGUUGCUGUCAAUAUUUGGAGAGCGUCAGCAGUUUAGUUUUCCAUCCAUCUUUAUCUAUGGACAUACGUCUAGUGGAAAGACCUAUGUGAUGAAGACUCUUCUGAACACCUUAAAGCUUCCUCAUGUGUUUGUGAACUGUGUGGAAUACUUUACUUCACGACUUCUUUUAGAAGAAAUUCUCAUGCAGUUGCAAAGCUGUUCUGAGACUCAACAGACUUCUCAUGUCCCUUGUGAUAAUUUCAGUGACUUUGUACGUCUGUUUAAACAAGCUGUUGCAAGUCGAGAGCUUCAAGAUCAAACAGUAUACAUUGUAUUGGAUAGAGCAGAGCAGCUGAGGGAAAUGGAAGCAAACAUCCUGCCAGCAUUUCUUAGGCUUCAAGAGUUGACUGACCGAAAUGUGACAGUCAUACUGCUGACUGAAAUAGUAUGGGAAUUGUUCCGUCCAAUUACUGGGUGCUUCGAGCCACUCACUUUAUAUUUUCCUGAUUACAGCAUAGCACAUCUGCAGAAGAUCUUGUCUCAGAAUCAUCCUCCAGAAUAUUCUGCAGAUUUCUAUGCUGCAUAUAUCAAUAUUCUGCUUGGUGUCUUCUACAUGGUCUGUAGGGACCUGAAAGAACUUCAGCAUCUGGCAGUACUCAAUUUUUCUAAAUACUGUGAACCAGUGGUCAGAGGAGAAGCAAAUGAACGUGACACCCACAAACUCUGGAAAAAUAUUGAACCUCAUUUGAAGAAGGCAAUGCAGACUGUUUAUCUUCGGGAAAUAUCAAGCUCACAAUGGGAGCGCUUGCAGCAUGACAAUGGAGAACCUGGGCAGUUGAAAGGAAUUUCUGCACAUACACAUGUAGAACUUCCUUAUUACUCCAAAUUUCUUCUAAUAGCUGCUUACCUUGCCUCCUACAAUCCUGCUAGGACAGAUAAGAGGUUCUUUCUAAAGCAUCAUGGGAAGAUAAGAAAGACCAACUCUAUGAAGAAACACGAGAAGACCAGCAGUCAUCUCAUUGGGCCAAAGCCGUUUCCCCUGGACAGACUGUUAGCAAUAUUAUACAGCAUUGUGGACAACAGAGUUGCUCCAACUGCAAAUAUAUUUUCCCAGAUCACCUCUCUUGUGACUCUCCAGCUGUUAUCCAUGGUUGGCCAUAAUGACCAGCUUGACGGACCACGGUAUAAAUGUACAGUGUCUCUGGACUUCAUCAGAGCUGUUGCCCGGACCGUGAACUUCGACAUAAUAAAGUACUUGUACGAUUUCUUGUGAAAACAAACUUCACAGCCAUAUGGACACUGUGACAAUGACUAAGGCAAGCUGUGUUCAUCUCUCUACUUAGCUGGCCAGAAAGAAGAGUAUUUUGGCUCUUUUGGAUUUGUCCAAACAGGUGCUGGCCCAGCAUGGAACCUGAUGAAAAUACUCUGAUUGGUCUGGGUGGAUCUGAGCAGAGGACUAUUUACCAGGGACCCUGGAGUAUCUGGAAGCAAUGUGUUAAUUAUAAUCAGCAGGGUUUGAGCACAAUCUGUUCUACUCUUAAUGAUGUUAUCUUAACACUGAAAUUGCCUGAAACCCAUUUACUUAGGACUGCGUUUUGCUCUAUGAACUCUCCCCAGUGCUUUGAACAUGGCAGCAGCCCUUGUUUGUAUGCCCAGUCUUUUCACUUCCUCUCCACAGGAAUCUUUGCAAUUGCCUGCCAAAGCAGCUUUUCCUGAGGCCACCAUUUUAGGAAAGUAGAGUAGCAAAAUAUAAUAAACAUAAGAACAUAUUUAAAAUCAGGCUGGUAUAAAUCCUUCUUUCUCUUCAGUCGUACAUAGGCAGACUGUUACACUGCUAUAUGGAAAUCACAAAGACAGGAAAUUACUGUCUUUUUUUCAGACCAUUCAUAAGCAUUUACUAUGAAUCUAUUUUUACAAGGCUUUAUUUAAAAAAAAUCAUCUAUUCCUAAAGUUCUAGCCCAACGUCGAACUUGAAAGGUUUUAUUUUUUGCUUAAACGUUUGAUAGUCCUUUUAUACUCGUCCAGUUAUUGUAAGUGCUAAUUAUAAUGCUUUAAGAUACACAUUUUGUAAUGGCUUUUGUAACGGUAUCUGUCCUGUAGAGGAGGAUGGCUCAGCAGCCUUUCCGUCACAAAGGGAGAAGUUCAACAGGUGACAGAUUAUUCCUGCAGUAGUUCCCCAAAAGAGGCGGAAUAAUGAAUAAUCAAUGUGGUGUUGCAGCCUAAAACUUUAGCUUUGAAAUAAACUACGGUUACAUUUGUCUCCUGUUUACAAGUAGGGGAUUCCCAACUGCCACUACCUUUAUAGGGUAUUAAAAUCCACUGAUCCAGUUAGAGAUUUCCGUUACUCUCUUGAAAACUCCAGGACCUGUUACCCAGAUGCUUUACUCCUGAAUGCUGGCCAUUGACUGCUUCACAGUACAAGACCAUGUAAUAUCUUAUGUUAAUAAUUAGGGGGUUUUCCCAGGAGAAAAAAUUCAUCAUUCUUUCCCUGUCUUGCCGUGAAAAUGGAUUUGGUCAAAUAUCCUGGACAUUUUUU